GUCGCGCGCCUGCGCAGUGGAGCAGUGGACCCGCAGUGGAGGCUUGCCGGUCGCGUGCCGCUGCCGGCCACCUGAUGGCGGAGUCCCAGGACGAGUCGGAGCCCCUUCUGGGCCGGGCCCGCGGGAGCAGCGGCCGCGACUCCCCGCCGCGUGGGCUGCUUACUUGCAGUAGCGUCCAAGUCGGCCCCGGUGCUGUGGCCUUGCAGGAUCUCUGCAUCAACCAAGCUGUGGUCUUCAUUGAAGAUGCUGUUCAGUACCGCUCCAUCUACCACCGAAUGGAUGCCCGCUCGAUGUGGCUCUACCGAUGGUAUUACUCAAACCUGUGCCAACGGACUCUGAGCUUUACUAUCUUCUUGAUCCUGUUUUUGGCUUUUUUCGAGACCCCGUCCUCACUCACGAGGACUGCAGACGUGCGCUAUCGCUCCCUGCCAUGGGAGCCACCCUGCGGCCUCACGGAGGCUGUGGAGCUGCUCUGCCUGCUGGUCUUUGCAGCUGACGUCUCUGUGAAGGGCUAUCUGGUCGGGUGGUCCCAGUUCCAGAAGAACCUGUGGUUGCUGGCCUACCUCACGGUGCUGGCUGUGUCCCUGGUGGACUGGACUGUGUCCCUGAGUCUCCUUUGCCAGGAGCCGCUGCGCAUGCGCCGCCUCCUGCGCCCCUUCUUCCUGCUGCAGAACUCCUCCAUGAUGAAGAAGACCUUGAAGUGCAUCCGGUGGUCACUGCCGGACAUGGCCAGUGUCGGGCUGCUGCUGGCCAUUCACCUGUGCCUCUUCACCAUGCUCGGGAUGCUGCUCUUCACCGUCGGCGAGAAGCAGGAUGCAGAACUGAACAGGGAGAGACUGACCUACUUCCGGAGCCUGCCGGAGGCUCUGACCUCCCUCCUGGUGCUGCUGACCACUGCCAACAACCCUGACGUGAUGAUUCCUGCGUAUUCCAAGAACCGGGCCUACGCCAUCUUCUUCAUAGUCUUCACCCUGAUAGGAAGCCUGUUCCUCAUGAACCUGCUCACCGCCAUCAUCUACAACCAGUUCCGAGGCUACCUGAUGAAAUCUCUGCAGACCUCGCUGUUCCGGCGGCGCCUGGGCACCCGUGCUGCCUAUGAGGUCCUCUCCUCCAUGCAGGCGGGAGCCGCUCCUGAGACAGCUGGAGUGCGGCCUCACACCUUACUGCAGGUGCUCCAGAAAGUGCAGAUGAGCGGUUCUCACAAACAGGCCAUCAUGGAGAAAGUGCGAUCCUACAAUGAUGUCCUGCUGUCAGCUGACGAAUUCCAGAAACUCUUCGAUGAACUUGACAAAAGUGUGAUUAAAGAGCACCCGCCGAGGCCCCAGUACCAGUCUCCGUUUCUCCAGACCGCCCAGUUCCUCUUCAGCCACCGCUACUUUGACUACCUGGGGAACGGCAUCGCCCUGAGCAACCUUGUGUCCAUUUGCGUGUUCCUGGUGCUGGACGCUGAUGUGCUGCCCAGGAACCGUGAUGACUUUGUCCUGGGGAUCCUGGACUGCAUCUUUAUCCUGUACUACGUGCUGGAGCUGCUGCUCAAGGUCUUCGCUUUGGGCCCGAGGGGCUACCUGUCCUACCCCAGCAACGUGUGUGAUGGCCUGCUCACCUCCAUCUUGCUGGUUUUGGAGAUCUCUACUCUGGCUGUGUACGGAUUCCCACAUCCACACUGGAAGCCAGAGACACUGGGGCUGCUGUCUCUGUGGGACAUGACGCGACUGGUGAACAUGCUCAUUGUCUUCCGCUUCCUGCGCAUCAUACCCAACAUGAAGCCCAUGGCCAUGGUGGUCAGUACCAUCCUGGGCCUGAUCCAGAACUUGCGGGCCUUCGGUGGGAUCCUGGUGGUGGUGUACUACGUGUUUGCCAUCGUCGGGAUCAGCCUGUUCCGAGGUACCAUCGUGGCUCCUUUCGGAAACAGCAGCCUGGCCCCUGCCAAUGGCUCUGUAUCCUGUGGGAGCUUCGAGCAGCUGGAGUACUGGGCCAACAACUUCGAUGACUUUGCGGCUGCCCUGGUCACUCUGUGGAACGUGAUGGUGGUGAACAACUGGCAGGUGAUCCUGGACGCGUAUGCACGCUACGUGGGCCCGUGGUCCAAGGUCUACUUCGUGCUGUGGUGGCUAGUGUCAUCCGUCAUCUGGGUCAACCUCUUUCUGGCUCUGCUCCUGGAGAACUUCCUCCACAGGUGGGACCCCCAGAAUCAUGAGCAGCCCUCCGCGGGGACCCCAGAGGCUGUCUACCUGGUGUCGGAGGAGCUCAUGUUCAGGGACAUCUUGGAGGAGCCUGGGGACGAGGAGCUGACGGACAAGCUGCGUUGUCACCCCCACCUGUGGCUGUGCAGGUGACAUCCAGGUGGCCUUUGCGCCUGGGGCCGAUGCGUCAUGGAAUAGGCAGGGGCAACCAUGCCUUUGACAGACCACGUCUCGGGACAGGUGGAGGUGGGGCGAGGACGGUCCGGGUUCUGCCCUGCCACGGUCCAGCCCUGAGCUGUGCUGCUGUCUCCUCCAAGCUGCUUUCGGGAGCUGAGAUGGUCACUUCCCUAAAGAGAUGGUGACUUCACAGGGACCUUGAAGACAGCUGGCAAGGAGGGAGUAGAGGCCUUCCCCUCGGGCCCUGCAGCCUCCAUGGUGCCUUAGCUGCUGGUGGCCUUCGGGGCCGGAACCCUGCACAGGGCCUGCACAGGGUAACUCCCAGAUUCCAGGCUGAAGUGGGGAUGCUGGGUGUUUCACACGAAGGGAAUGUUGACUAUUUUAUUAUUUCAUGGAUUGUGUGUGUGUGAUUGGGUGUGUUUAUGGGUCCAAAUGCCACUUCUUUUCACCACUAAGUUUUGUAAACAAGGAGAUUGUUAUUCUGACUUCA